CGGGCCCUUUUUAUCGCACCACCCCGUGCCAGCCCGUAACACCCCCUGUUUGUGUGUGGACCUACAACACAGCAAAUCAUGGAAAUGAUCGAUCUAGUUGAUUUUGGUUGCUAGCGUACCAUGGACGCGUGUUUCUCGGCGUUCGACAAAAACAGCGACGGCUACCUAGAUUUGGACGAGUUUAGAUUGUUGACCCGCGCACUUUUCCGUAAUGACAAGGGGAAGAUCUACAAUUUAGACGAAGAUAAACUGCGGGAGAUAUUCAACGUGUUCGACGUCAACGGUGACGGGUUCGUGGACAGAGAGGAGUUUGUGUUUUGUUGGAAUCACUGGAUCAAAAUCAUAGUGCGCCCGAUUUCUGCUUUCUUAAUAGUCGACGUCCAAAACGACUUCAUAAGUGGUACAUUAAACAUAAGUAAUUGUUCCGCACAACAAAAUGGAUUAGAAGUAGUAGAACCUAUCAAUCAUUUGUUGGAUACGGUCCAAUUCGACGUGGUGUUCUACUCUUUGGAUUGGCAUCCCAGCAACCACGUAUCAUUUAUCGAUAAUAUUAGUCAAAGGGAGAUUCAUCCAUCAAGCCCUGUCACGGCGGAGAACGCACAGACCUACGAUACUGUCAUAUUCGCCGGACCCCCACCUAUGAAGCAGCGCCUAUGGCCCCGGCACUGCGUCCAGGACACGUGGGGUUCCGAGCUCCACAAAGACCUGAAGGUCGUGGAGAAUUCGAUAAAGGUAUACAAAGGCACCAAUCCGGACGUCGAUUCUUAUUCGGUAUUUUGGGAUAAUAAGAAAAUGACAGACACGACCCUUUGCGCUCAGCUGCGGAUGCGAAAUGCGACGGAUAUCUACAUCUGCGGUCUGGCUUAUGACGUGUGCGUAGGAGCAACAGCUGUGGACGCGUUGGCAAUCGGAUAUAGAACGAUUCUGUUAGAUGAUUGCAGCAGAGGCGUGGAUUUGCUGGACAUAGAGAAGACCAAGAACACCGUCAUCAAAAACAACGGGGUUAUUAUUAAUUCUAAUCAAGUGAAAGCGAUGGUCGAAGGAAGGGACAGACGUCCGGAGCUCGGUUAUAAAUUGGCCAUGGAACUGAAAAUGAACAGGCUAGAGAAUAAUCAUUAAAGUUAUAAAUAUAAAUAUGUAUAGUUUUUGGUAGUUUAGGUGCAUUUGUUAAUUAUAGCAAUUUGGGUCGUUAUUAGAACUCUUCCCGUUAAUAAGACUUGAACGAGUUUAGAAUUUAAAUGAUGGAAUAAAUGAAAGAAAAACGGCAAUCUCGAGAGGAGUGCGUGUCAGUUUUUUUCUUUUUGAUAAAAGGCAAUUUGUGCGAGAUUGUAUUGAAAUUGUAUAUGAAUGAAAUAAAAUUGGUAAGCAGCUUUGAA